UGGGGGAGUUGCCGGGCACGGAGCUGCUGCAGGGCUGGAGCCGGGCUGGCAGAGCUGGGGGGGCUCACCUGGGGAAGGGAAGGGAAGGCUCCAGAGAGAGCUCAGAGCCCUGCCAGGCCUGAAGGGGCUCCAGGAGAGCUGCAGAGGGACUGGGGACAAGGGAUGGAGGGACAGGACAAGUAGGAAUGGUUCCCACUGCCAGAGGGCAGGGCUGGAUGGGAUAUUGGGAAUUAGGAAUUGUUCCCUGUGAGGGUGGGCAGGCCCUGGCACAAGGUGCCCAGAGCAGCUGUGGCUGCCCCUGGAUCCCUGGCAGUGCCCAAGGCCAGGCUGGACAUUGGGGCUGGGAGCAGCCUGGGAUGGUGAAGGUUUUUCCCCACUAUCUCAUCUAACCAAACUCUCUUUCCAUUUCAACUCAUUCUCCCUUGUUUCAACACUACCUGCUAUUAAAUAGUUUUACCUACCUGUAAAUAGUCUUACCUUUUCUUUCCUUGCUGUCCCAUGGCAGCUGCCCCAGCAGAGAGCUCCAGGAGCCACGGGAAGGGGCUGGGGCUGAGCCAGAGUCACAGCAGCUCUGCCUUGGACUAUUCAGGAGACACCUUUGAGUCCUUCACUGAGGAGGAGGAGAGUGAAGCACCUGCAUCCUGGUGUUCCACAGAGGAUUUGCGGGGGGCAGCUGUGUCAGAGGCUUUGGAAAGCUCAUCAUCACUGGCAGGCCAAAGUGCUGCAGAGGAGGAGUUUGAAGCAGUGGAUCCUGAAGCUGUGGAAAGAGCUGCCAUAGGAAAAUGGAUUGAUGCCAUGGGAAAAUGGAUUGAUCUGAAAAAUAAAGACACUGGGAUUAGGCCAGACAAAUCUGUCAUCAGAACUCCUGCUGGAGCUGCUGAGCUCUCCCAGGGAGAGCUGGGUGCUCUCAGGUCCUUCUGCAGCAGCAGGAUCAGCAGGAUGCAGCAGGAGCAGGCUGGGAAGGGCAGGAGGCUGCAGUGGGGAGACCCAGCAAGGCAAACUGAGACAGGAGAUUCCUGUGCUGUUCCUGCCCAGCUGAUGAACAGGAUCCUGCUGGAGAACACCAGGGAGGCUGUGAAACAGGUGACAGAGGCUGAAAUCCACGAGGUUUCAACCUGUCCUGACUGCCAGCAGAAGGAAGCAGAGCUGGCCAAGGUUGCUUUUCUCAGGCAAAAAAAGACUCUGCUGGAAGGUGCUUUAAUCCAAGAGAAAUUGGAAGAACAGUUUUACGCCAGGGACAUGCUCACACUUCUAGGAGAAGCACUCAGAAGCUUUCCCAAACCUUCAGACGAUCCCAGGGAUUUGUGGCAAAGGCUGAAGGGUCAGGAGUGGAAAGACUGAUUGACCCACAACUCCAGUGGGUGAAGAACUGGGAGAGCCUCCUGUGGGCAGUCACCUGCAGAAUUCCAAUGAUUCUGGAUCUGAGCUGCUCUGGCAGUGAUGGAUUGGGUGCUGCUUUAAUAUUGCUGCAGGUGGAACCAGGUCUGCCUGGCUGGGCUGUGAGUCACCCCUUCCUCCUUGCUCAAUGCAAAUGUUGCAGUGUAUUGUAAUCCAUCUCCAUAGGUUUCUCAAAUUCCAGAAGCCAACAGUUCCCAUUAUUAAUCUGGCAAGGCUGAAGUAUUGUUUUUUGUGGGAUUGCUGUGGGAUUGCAGAGCAGCUCCCAGCUGCUCCCAUCUAUAAGGAAAAUAAAUGAUUCCGUUUGCCAGGGCAGGGAGGUGUAAUUACUGCAUUUCAGCUCAGGCUUUGCCCACUGCCUCAUGGUAAAUUGAAAGUGAGAGCCCCAGGUGGAAGACAAAAAGCAAAGUUAACUAUAAAAAGCAGUAAAAUGAAAUGCAGUAUUUAUAGAAGGGAAAUAAUGAGGUUGUAACAGAAAUUAAUCAGCAGGACCGGGGAUGCCAAUGGGAUGAGAAAUGAUAAUAAAUUAAUCAUGGAAUCUAUAUAAGAUAGAGAAAAAAAAAGGCAACAGAUGAAAACUGGGAGAAGAAUUGCAAGAAAAUACUUCGGAAUUUGUUGUAAUUUUUUAAGAUGACAAAGUCACUGUUAUUCAAAUAGUGGGACGGGGGUCCAGUACACAUCCAAAUAAAAUGGAAUUGUGCUGGGAA